AAAAAGAGCUACCAAGAGAAUCGCAUUUACAGAGGGCUUAAAAGUUUGACUUGGAUGAACUGAGAAUUUCUUUAUUUUAAAACGUAGCAAUAGUGACUUUGAGAAAUUUAAUUUUGGCGAUUUCAAGAUGAUGACAGCAAACUCAACCACAAAUAUUUCGUACUGUUCUGCAGAUGCCACCAUUUGCAAUGGCACUUCGUGUGUUACACCUGAUGACAAUUUUAACCAAAUUUUGAAUGUAGUUUUAAGUACUGUCCUAACAAUCUUGUUGGCAUUGGUGAUGUUCUCCAUGGGCUGCAAUGUGGACAUAAAAAAAUUUUGGGGACACAUAAAAAGGCCAUGGGGCAUAUGUGUGGGCUUCCUCUGUCAGUUUGGAAUUAUGCCUUUGACAGGCUUUGUGCUGUCACUCGUCUUUAAUGUGCUUCCUGUUCAAGCUAUUGCUGUGCUGAUCAUGGGAUGCUGUCCAGGUGGAACAUCUUCCAACAUUCUAGCAUAUUGGUUAGAUGGGGACAUGGACCUAAGUAUCAGUAUGACAACAUGUUCAACACUGCUUGCACUGGGGAUGAUGCCACUUUGUCUCUUUGUCUAUACCAAAAUGUGGACAGAGACCGAGUCCAUCGUAAUCCCCUAUGACAGUAUCGGUAUUUCACUGGUAGCCCUUGUAAUUCCUGUUUCAUUUGGAAUAUUUGUUAAUCACAAAUGGCCCCAGAAAGCUAAAAUUAUACUUAAGGCUGGUUCCAUUACUGGACUAAUUCUUAUACUGAUCAUAGCUGUGGUUGGAGGAAUAUUGUACAAGGGAUCCUGGGCUAUCAGCCCUCAACUGUGGAUCGUUGGAACCAUAUUUCCAGCUGCCGGCUACUCUCUAGGUUUUAUUCUGGCUCGCAUCGCUGGUCAGUCUUGGCACAGAUGUCGUACUGUAGCUCUGGAAACAGGCAUGCAGAACACUCAACUGUGUACAACUAUAGUGCAGCUGUCCUUCAACCCUGAACAGCUUGCACUGAUGUUUACUUUUCCACUCAUCUACAGUAUUUUCCAGAUAGUGUUUGCUUUAAUGUUUGUAGGAGUCUACUACUUGCACAAAAGAUUCUGUGCCUCACCAAAGACAGACUUCACAGAACCAGCAAGUGAAAUUGAAUCGAUACCAGAAACAUAUGCCCAGAUGAAUGGAGGAUUUACAGCAAAUGAAAAAAGUACAAGCAACAUGAACAACAUUAUCGUCUCCUGACAUUGUGUAAAAGAGUUUCGCAAUGAUUGACUGGUGAAAGGUUUUUUUGUUGUUUUCUUUUUUAAUUUUUGAAUGAAGCUUGUACCACCAGGAUGCAAAUCUAGGUUUGACACUAAUUUACUACAAUAUUUAGUGUUCCAUAAUUGUCCAUUUGAGCAAGAAAAGAACAGAGUAAACCUAGAGGAAAGCUGAUCAAAAUUUCAGGCAUAAGUGUUUGCAUAAGCAAUUUGUUGUUUUUAAUCUGACAGAUUUGCUGUUUAUCACAAUAGGCAGAUCAGAUCAGGACCCUCAAAUUCCCAGUGUUCCUCCAUGGACAUAGGGAUUAAAAUGAGUUUAUUUCUCAUGGUCUUGGUGCGGGGGCGGUAAUGGAAACCACACAAUUUCAAGCCAUUGCUUACAAGAGGAAUUGGUAAUGAAAGGAUUAAUUUAUACUAAAGCUAUUAUUUUAAUAAGUAAAAAAUGUCUCAAUUUGUGCCUAUAUUCACUGCAGUAAAAAUUUUCAUGUCUUCAGUUUGGGUCAAUUAGAUAUGAAGGUGCCUGAUAGGCUGGUGAUAUCAAGAAUUUAAAGAUUUAUAUUAUCUAAACCAUGGACAGUAAUUGUGAAUAAAAAUGCACCUAUUUAUUCCUGAAAAUUGGAGGCUACUGUUUGAAAAUCUCCCCCUGAAUGCCUGAGUGAUCUGAAUUCAAUUCCAAGCAAACACAGUAACUCUGUAAACCCCAAACAUAUUCAAUAGCCCAAAUUCUGCAGUCCUUGCACAAGGAAAACUUACACUGAAGCCAAUGAAAGGUUAGUUGAAUAAGAACCUCAAGAAUGAGCCAAAUAUCAACACAUGGAAAUGAUCACUCUUUUUCAGAGAUUGGUUAACUCAAGCAAACAUUUCUAGGUGUUGUAAGUUCCCUACCGCACACAUUAAAGCACUUUAUAUUUUCUAUCCAAAAUAUGGAUUUUGAAAACACAAUUUAGGAAAGGAAUUUAAGCUCCUGCCAUUCAGUUUUUCACUAUUUCAGAAACGUGCUCAGUAUCAGAGAGUGAAUUACUUUAAUGUACUAGAUGUGGGGGAAAGGGUCCUAAAAUCAUUCAUCACAUAGCAAAGCACUGGAAAGCCUGAAGUUGUAUUGAUUUGGGAGCUGAGUGUUCCUAACCUUCUAGGAAGUGCUCAGUAUUUGGCAUGAACUAGCUCAUACCACCAUUUUCACUUUUAUUUAAACAGGCAGGUACACAGCAGCCUAAUCUGGAGAGAUCAUAAAUGUGAAAACUCAGUAAGCAAAAGAUAAGCAUUUAACUCCAACAGCUGUGGUAAAUGUCUUUGGACCCAAUUCUGUUCCCCUUGGGUCAAUGGGAGUUCUACUGUUAACCUCACAUGGGUUAGGGAGCUGUCUUCAUGUUUGUUCCUGUUUAAACUGAGAAGCAAGGCAGAAUUCAGCUUUGCUCAUGUAA